GCUUUGCCUCCCUGCCUGCCAGUACCACCAUCACCAUCAUCAUCUUCCUGUUCCUGCUGCUCUUUUGUUUUACCAUGUGGCCAUCAUUCAAUGAGGUGAAAUUGUUGCAUCACUGCCUUUACUAAAUCCACUCAGAGUCGUUAGAUGACUACAAGAAACAGGCGCAGACUAAAGUUACACUGAAAGAGCAUCUAAGCUUUAGUGCCUGCACCAAGUGCAAGAUAUUUGAAGUCCUUACCUUCCCUCCCAGCAGAGGUGGUAAGAGGAACUAAUCUGAACUGAAGAUCAUUUCCUUCUCUGCUGAUAAGGUGAAGAAGAACUCAAACCCCAUGAAAUUCCCCUAUUUUUGAAGACUUGAUUUCCAGGAUUUAUCUGUUGCAUCUGCUGUGGUGUUUGAGGCUAUACAGAAUGGCAGAAAGAUUAGAUGGUGUCAAGCAGAGAUGUCACACCAAUGCUCAAGGUAGCAGCCUUCGUUUGCGUGUGUGCAGCAGCCUGGUGCAACCCGGCGCUGACGGCGACUGGGGGCAGACCGGACAGCGGCAAUUUUCUGGACGAUAAACAAUGGCUCACGACCAUCUCCCAGUAUGACAAGGAGGUCGGGCAGUGGAACAAAUUUCGAGACGAUGAUUAUUUCCGUACAUGGAGUCCGGGUAAACCAUUUGAUCAAGCUUUAGAUCCGGCUAAAGAUCCAUGUUUAAAGAUGAAAUGUAGUCGCCAUAAGGUCUGUGUUGCACAGGAUCAACAAACUGCUGUUUGCAUUAGUCACCGAAGGCUUACACACAGUAUGAAAGAGGCUGGUUUAGGCCAUAAACAGUGGAGGGGUGGUCCCAUUUCAUCAAACUGCAAGCAGUGUCCAGUAGUUCAUACCAAUCCUGUUUGUGGAUCAGAUGGUCACACAUAUUCUUCUCAGUGCAAAUUAGACUAUCAAGCCUGUCUCUCAGGAAAACAAAUCUCAGUGAAAUGUGAAGGACGUUGCCCUUGCCCUUCUGACAAAUCCACAAAUGUAGGCAGAAAUGAUAGGAGAGUGUGCAGUGACCUGGAAUUCAGGGAGGUUGCAAACAGAUUGAGAGACUGGUUUAAGGCACUUCAUGAAAGCAGAAUUCAGAAUAAGAAGACCAGGAUUGUUCAAAGGCCUGAAAGAACCAGAUUUGAUACUAGCAUUUUGCCAAUUUGCAAAGACUCCCUUGGCUGGAUGUUUAACAGGCUCGAUACAAACUAUGACCUGCUCUUGGACCAGUCAGAGCUUGGAAGCAUUUACCUCGACAAGAAUGAGCCAUGCACUAGGGCGUUCUUCAACUCUUGUGACACAUACAAGGACAGUUUGAUAUCUAACAAUGAGUGGUGCUACUGCUUCCAAAGACAGCAAGAUCCACCUUGCCAAACAGAACUCAGCAACAUUCAGAAGCAGCAAGGAGGAAAGAAGCUCCUAGGACAGUACAUCCCAUUAUGUGAUGAAGAUGGGUAUUACAAACCAAGCCAGUGCCAUGGAAGCCUAGGGCAGUGCUGGUGCGUUGACAGAUACGGUAAUGAGGUAACAGGAUCCAGAACAAAUGGUGCAGCAGAAUGUGCUCUUGAUUUUGAGACUUCGGGUGAUUUUGCCUCUGGUGAUUUCCAUGAAUGGGCAGAUGAAGAAGAUGAUGAAGGAGAAAUAAUGAAUGAUGAAGAUGAAGUUGAAGAUGACAAUGAAGAUGAAGGAGAUGAUGACAUGGAUGAUGAUGAUGAUCAUGAUGGAUAUAUUUGAUGAUAUUAGAUGGUCCAUAAAUUGUACCUUUCUAAAAUUCACAAGAUGACAUUUCAUAAAAUCCCUUUGCUCUCCAGGAUCAGAAGGAUUCUAACAAACAUGUAUAUUUUGUAUGAUUAUUUCAAACAUUGCAACUGGAGUCAUAGACUUUUUUUGUUAAAUAAGAAUAAUUAUAUUAUGUGCUUUUGAGUUGUUAAAUGCCUCUGCACUGAAGAAAACUCGUGGGAAGUCUAGCCAGAAGAAAGAAAUGUUAUGUGCUACUGAAAAUACAAAUGUAUACAAAUAUACAGACGACCAGUCUCUGAAACUCCAACAAAAGUAUAUUUGCUCUUACUGGAAACUGUGCAUGUCCUCUUCAGAGCACAUACUGUAGCUUAACUUUAGUUCCAUCAGUGUUUUAGGCCCUGUGGGCUUUGAAAAUUGUUCAUUUAAUCAGAAAUGUAUUACAGAAGAAAUACUUUGGUGCAUGAGUACAGUAUCAUCACCAUCUUUAAUUAAGCAAAGGUAUGGAGAAAAACUAUCAGGAGGGAAAAAUAAAGCGAAGUUCUCCAUUGUGUUUGCAUUUGUAGUUAUGCUUAUUUAUUAGGAGAUGGCUAUGUUAUUGGAAGGUCUUUUCAAACGCAGUAGUGUGGACAAGCACCAGUUCUGUAGUUUUGAAGUUUUCUUGUGUCCUUCCUUAUUUCUUUUUUUCAUAUCAUAUAGACUUUAUUGUUGUUUACGUAACCACUGUUUCACCCUUUGUUGUUUCUCUGUAUAUCUCUCUAAUCAGAUGAGCUUGAAAUAUUUUAGGUGGAGAAAAAGAAUUUGCUUACAAUUUACCUUUGUACAUGACUGUAUUUCAGCGUAUUGGCACUUGCCCCAAAGUAGUUUUUCAUAACUGUAUUAUGAUACUUUUUAUUUUAUUAAUUCAGGAAAUAGUUUUGCAUCUUUAUCUUCAUGUUUUCUGUUACCAGUGCAGAAACUUAGAGAACGUAUUGUAAAGGUGCCUUGCCAAAUAGAUAUAGAGAGGUUUUAGCAUGCAUACCAGUAUCUGAUGUUAGGCAAUAGCUAAGCACAUCCAGUUACCAAAUUAAUGCCAGUAUAGGUACUGCUGCUGGAAUGAAGAAAAUGGGUUAUUUUGGUUUUUUUUCCUAUCGUUAUGUAAUUACCAUGUGGACUGGAUUAUAAUUAUUGUGUAGAGUAGCACUUAAGAUUUAACUGUAGAGAAAAUUACUUUAAUCACUGUAUUUAUGUUAGCAUGUUAAUUAAUUGUGUAGACAUUCUGGGGCUCCACCAUCUUUGUUCACAUCAUCUCCAUUGCUUUCUGUCCACAAUAAAACUGAUGUGACCUGUUAUAAUGUAA